AUGGCUUCAACUACCAUUUCAGCUGCUACACCAUCCUUCCAGAUUAUUUCCACCCUUCGAUUUGAUCCCGAUCUUCCGAGGGUGACCUCUCACAAUGCGAAUGACGAGAGUUAUCCAGUGCCAGCGCACUCGCCUUAUUACCUCCUCUCCUACCACCGAGAUCGGCUGAUCAAUGCUGCGCGCCAUUUCGAAUGGGAUAGUGCGCUAGAUUUUCUACAACAAGGUCUAGACAGCUUUGAGAGUUUUCUCGAUGGCUCAAUACCAAACAGAGAGAAGCCAUGGCGGUUGAGAAUCGCCGUGGACUACAAUGGCAAGGGCUCGGUCGAGGUCAAUCCUACUGUAGCGAUGGACCCGUUGAACCUAUUAGUUCCUUCCCUUCACUCCGGUACACAAUCUACCAUCUGGAAGGUGUAUGUUGAUUCACAAUCUAUUACUCCAUCCGGCUUCACAACACACAAAACUACCGCUCGAGACGACUAUACAGCCGCUCGCGUGCGCGCGGGAAUCACCUCCCCUGCAGAGACAUCCGAGGUUCUAGUAGUCAACCCAGACGGAGAGAUAAUGGAAGGAAGCAUCACCACGCCCUAUUUUCGACGGCACAUCGUUGGGAAGGAGAUCAAUGCGAACGAGGCAGUUUGGGUCACUCCGCCAUUGACAAGUGGAGGAAACGCCGGCACAAGUAGAAGAUAUGCCUUGAGCCAAGGAUUUUGCGUGGAACAAGUGAUCACCAAGGCAGAUAUGGUAGACGGGGAGGAGUGUUGGCUUAGUAAUGGAGUUCGUGGGUUCGUUAGAGGCGUGGUCGUUUUGAGUCGAUAA